GUGGGUGCAAGGUGGUGCCUUCCGCGUCGGCUUCGCGGUGACCAGGCGCGGGACUUGGAGUCCCGGGAGCCGUCGGUUAUGGGUUAUGGGAGCCCGGGCUUGAAGCGCUGCGCUCCGGCCGAGGAAAGCGGCGCUAGUGCCCCGUCUCCCGCCUGGAGCGAGGCCGGGCUGUCGGGAGGCCAAGCAGGCGUGUGGCUGGCGAUGCGAGGGCCGCCUCACCCGGGCGUGGCAGUGGCCGCUGGCUGGACCUGCGUCUUCCGUAAAAACGUGCCGGCCGGCUCGGCCGAGCGAACAGCGUGUCUUGUGGUCCGCGCCCACAAGUAUCACGGGCGUGUCCAGCAAAGCUUGUGUCCGCGCAGAAAGCCGGCCCCGGGGACGCCUGUGCGCCCCAGAGUCUGGAAGCGACCGGCAGGCCGUCCAGCAGGCGAAGGGUUAACCUGCCUCCGGUCUGCUCCUGGGAGGUUCCGGUCACAGAGCGCUUCGUUUCCACAAGGCUACGUCCCCCGAACGUCGCUGAGCUCGCCGCCCUGGCCCGUGGUUGCCCUGCCGGACCCCACUGAGGAGACCAGACACCACACAGAGGUCGUGGCGGCGGUGAACGAGCUGAUCGCCCGGGGCCAGCACGGCCGGCUCUUUGCCGUGGUGCACUUUGCCGGCCACCAGUGGAAGGUGACCUCCGAAGACCUGAUUCUGAUCGAGCACGAGCUGGACGCCGCAUGCGGGGAGAGGAUCCGGCUGGAGAAGGUCCUGCUGGUUGGGGCAGACGGCUUCACGCUGCUCGGCAGGCCACUCCUGGGAAAGGACCUCGUCCGAGUGGAAGCCACGGUCAUUGAAAAGACAGAGUCGUGGCCAAAAAUCAACAUGAAGUUUAGGAAAAGGAAAAACUUCAAGAAGAAAAAAAUCACCGUGAGCCCACAGACCGUGCUCCGGAUAAACACCGUGGAGGUCGCGCCGCGCCUGCUGUGAUGGCUGAGCCGACGUCCGUCCGCCGCAGGGUGACAAUAAACCUGUUGGGCAAGA